CUACGUCAAUUGUCUUUGGUCAGUCGAGCAUCAGAGUCGCGGGUAACUGGAGCUUUGGUCUCUUCAUAGACGCAACGCUUCAAUGCAAUUUGCAUAAGUCGCGCCGCGAGCAUAACAAAAGCACAAAUAAUCUCACAAAUCUCGAUCAACUUUAACCCGCUUUUAUCUUUCAUCGUCUUCUCUUUUUUGGGUGAUUUUUUCCCUGAAUGUAAAAUGAGCUGCAGUUCGCCCAAAGUUUUCAAGCAGCUCAGCGCAGCGGAACGUGAAAAGUUUUUCGAUUCAUUCGAUGUCGUUUUCUGUGAUUGCGAUGGUGUCGUCUGGUAUACGCUGCGAGACUUUAUACCCGGCUCGGCCCAAGCCCUGGCGGAGCUGCAGCGUCGCGGGAAGCGGCUGACCUUUGUGACCAACAACAGCAUCAGCUCCGUGGCGGAGCAUCUGCACAAGUUUGCCGAGCAGGCGCAGGUGCAUGUAGCGAAGGAACAGAUUGUGCAUCCAGCGCAGGCCGUUUGUGACCAUCUGAAGGACAUUGGCUUCGGCGGGAUGAUAUAUUGCUUGGCGACGCCGCCCUUCAAGCAGCUGCUGCGCGAUGCUGGCUUUCGGCUGAGCCAGGAGCGCGAGGGCUCCGUCAUCAAGACUCUGGCCGAGCUGCGCGAGGCCAUCUUUGGCGGCGAGCCCGUGGAUGCGGUCAUCAUCGAUGUCGAUUUCAAUCUGACGGCGACCAAGCUGAUGCGUGCCCACGUCCAGCUGCAGAAUCCCAGCUGUUUGUUUCUGGCCGGCGCUGCGGAUGCGCUGAUACCCUUCGGCAAUGGCGACAUCAUCGGACCCGGACCAUUCAUCGACAUUGUCGCCCAGUCGACGGGCCGGCAACCAACGGUGCUGGGCAAACCGGGCGAGGCACUGCGUCAGCUGCUGCGCCAGCAUCACGCCCACAUCCCGCCCAACCGCGUGCUCUUCGUCGGCGACAGUCUGGCCAGUGACAUUGGUUUCGCGCGCGCCAGCGGCUACCAGACGCUGCUGGUGCUCACCGGCGGCAGCAGCCAGGCGGACGUGGACAGCCUGCCCGCGGGCCAUGCCCACAUGCCGGACUACGUGGGCGAUUGCCUGGGCGAUCUGUGCGAUAAGGCUAACUAAGCUGGCCACCGAGGCAAUGAAGAGCAGGAGGAGGAGCGUAGAGCCCUAAACAGCCAUCAUAUAUCAUUUGUAACUUAGAUAAGCCUAUGGACACUAGAAUUCCAGAUGCAAUAAAGUCAAUAGUUUACCUAGUAA